AUGCAAAGGAUGCGGGGUGGCCUGGGGGAGGCAUUCUGGCGGGUAGAGGCCGAGCUGCUGGGGCCCUCGCGCUCCCUCUGGGGCCUCCAUAGGGCCCUGCAUGCGCUGCAGCAGGCGGUGGAGUCUGCCUUGGCUUCAGGCUCUUUCACCCCUGAACAAAGCAACCAAGUUAACCAAGAACUCGCCCAGUUCUGCGAUCUAUGCUUCUGGGUACGCCGCUGCCGCUGGCGUUCUGUCUUCACUCGCGGCUGGGCGGCUCUCCACCUCCCUUACCUCAAAACCCUAACUCAAGCCAACGGCCCCCAAGGGGCCCCCCAAGGGGGCCCCCAGGGGGGCCCCCAGGGGGGCCCCCAAGGGGACCCCGCAGGAGAAGCAGCUGCGGAUGUGGGGCCCCAAGGGGCCCUGGAUAGUACCCAGGGGCCCCCCGCGGGGCCCCCAGGGGCCCCAGGCUUUGAUAUUGAAGAGGCCCUUAAGAAAGGGGCCCUCAAGGGUUUUGCCAAGUAA